ACUGGCUAAAGCAGUUCGAUCUUCGAUCCAACACUGUGCGAUUCCACCUAAAGGUAUAUUCGAGUUUGGACUAAUCGCACGCGGGGGAGGCGAACAUGAUUCUUCGUUUUGACAGUUCGUGAUAAGAUUUCGCGAUGAAUAGGUUCGAGUACGCCGAUUCUCGGCUUAUGCCGAAUGAGGUUUAUGUGAGACGCGAUAUGGCCGUGCGUCUUUACGACGGCGAUACAAAGACAAACUUCGAAGGCGGCGAAUUAAUUUUAACUAGUCACAGAAUACUCUGGGGCAGACCCGGCGAUAUACCACGAGGUAAUACUUGUUUGUCGCUGUUACUUCGAUAUAUUGUUUUCUUCGAAGAAGAGAAUCCCGGACCGUUUUCUUUCGGACGUAGUAAAAAAAUUGUACUACAUCUCUCCGAACCUGCUGUUGAUAAGAUGCCUGGUCCGGCCGAUAAUAGCCUAUAUAAUUAUGUCAAAUUGUCGUUUAAAGAAGGUUUAGAUUCAAACUUUAUAACGCAAUUAUCCGAUACUAUUAUAAAACGAGUAUGGGAGUUGGCUCCUACCACAAGUCUAAAUGUGCCUAACGAUGCGCAUGACAAUCGAGGAAAUUCAAAACUACUACCGCAGAUAAAAACACGAACGGGCAUCAUUGGUAUCGAAAGAAGUUUGCAAGAGAAGCAGAAAGAAACUGACCAAAAUAUAUCAUUGGCGUUUCAAGACCUCACAAAACUUAUGGAUAUGGCUAAAGACAUGGUGGCCAUCUCAAAGACAAUCUCUGCUAAAAUACGGGAGAGGCAAGGCGAUAUAACGGAAGAUGAGACUGUCAGAUUUAAGGCUUAUCUAAUGAGCUUAGGUAUCGAUGAUCCAGUAACAAGGGAUGCGUACAAGAGCAGAAACGAAUACUUUGAACAAUUAGCAAAACAACUUGCAUAUAUCUUAGAAGAACCAAUAAAGGAAGUAGGUGGCAUGAUGACACUUACAGAUGUUUAUUGCCGUGUAAAUAGAGCAAGAGGUUUGGAACUUUUGUCUCCCGAGGAUUUGUUACACGCCAGUAGACGGUUGGCGCUCUUAGGUUUACCGAUUGUAUUAAGAAGCUUUGAUAGCGGCGUUAUGGUUCUCCAAAUUCGUUCUCACGAUGAUAAUGCUGUCGUGGAUCGCAUAACGGAAUUGUUAAAGGAAAAGGAAUCUAUGACAGCCGAAGAUCUCGCACAAUCGGAAGGUAUAUCAGUAUUGUUAGCGCGCGAGCGAUUGCUAGUCACAGAAAAGCACGGCAAAGCGUGCAGGGAUGAUUCAAUAGAGGCUUUGAGAUUUUAUCCGAAUUUAUUUUUAGAAGAGAUAUCUAAUUUAUUCAUUAAACGAACUGUGUAAAUAGAACCGCAACCAUGAUUAACAAUGAUCGUAUAUAAUUAAUAAUACAUGAUUUUCCGUAUCUGUAUUAUUUAUGCAUAUACAGGAUGGAGAUUAUUUUCUAAAAUAGCGGUUCAAUACAUUUGCUAUUAUAUUCUUUGACAAAUUUAGAAUCGACUUUCUCUUAAAUAUCUCAUCUUUUUUCACUUUUCAAUUUUCACGAUUAAAUAUCUUAGCAAUUAAGAGUUAAAUUAAGAUUCUCUCAAAGUAUGCUACUUGAAAUUAUAUAACAUAAAGAAUAAGAUUUUGUUAUUCUCUUAUACUGGUGAAGUUUAAUCUGAAGAAAAUAAUUUAUUUUAGUUAAUUUCCGUUUUUAAUUUUAACUUCUUUAUAAUUAAGAAAUAUUAGUAGGUGUUUCAAUACUUGUUCAAUACUACUUUCAUACUUUGGUCAUCAAAAAAUUCACUCUAAAGAUAAUCCAAGAAUAUAUCGGCAAAUUCUGAUCCACUAUUUCAGAUACACCCUGUAUUAGACACGUGUUAUAUAUUGUACAGCAUAUAAAUGUCCGCCGUACAAUAUCGCCCACUAUCGGUAAAUUACGGUCCUCCACAAGUCAAUGCAGUUAAAUUUGUUCGCACAAUUAAUAUAGUAUAAUACAAGAUGUCGUAUAACAAUACAUAUAUAUUAUACCUUUGACGAACACAAGCUCGAACGUACCUGUUCGUUUAAAAACAGUUACUUUACAAAUAUUAAUUUAUACAUCAAAAAGUCCGAUUACUUUUAUGUCCAAUUAAUACAUACUUGGGACAAGAUAACAGUCAUUUGUGUGUGACAUCCAUAAUUAUUUAUAUAUUGUACUAAAUACUCUUUGAAAAUAAAAUAAAAAAUUUACGCAUGCGCAUUUUAUUCAAUUUCUUUAUAAAGAUCAAUGUCGACAUUGCGCAAUUGUUAGAAUUAAUUUAUACGUGCGAUAAUUAAUUUUUCCACUAAUUCCUAAUGACUUUAACAUUCGAGGUACGUUCGAGUGCAUUUUAAAAUGCAAUAAGGAAGGCUUGGCAAGGUUCAUUCUUUAAAAGGUCUUACUUUAAUCAACGAGAUACGAAGACUAUAACGCAUAUAUACAUAUACAGGAUGGGGUGUGAAUGUGCCCUUAUUAUAUCACAGAGAGGCGUAACAAAAAUAUAAAAUAAUUUAAAUUUUAUAUAGUAUUUUGUAUGUGAAUUCUUUCUCGCGUUUCAUUCAUGCAAUCGCUAUGUGUUUUUCGUGAUUCGUCCCACAAAUUGUUAACAUUGUAAAAUUAUUAAUAAUACCGAUAUAUGUUGAAAUAUCUACCCAUCGAUACGCAUAUAGCAUUGCUAUAUCAUUUAUUUAUUAACGUAUUGCUAGUAACAUAUGGUUUUCAACGUUGAUGUACGCCUUGAGAAUUUAAGAAAAACUAAUUUUUUAAAUCUAUUCUAUUAAAAAAGGAGCAAUAAUUAUUGAUACGCAUAUAGUAACGCUGUUUGUGGUACGAAUCACUCUACACUAUUAUUGUCAUUAUCAUUCGGUUCUCUCCCUUUCUCUCAUUCUCUCUGGUUAUCUCUCUUUUGUAUUACAUUUUUUGAAUUUCUUCUUUAAUGUUCUCUUAUCCCCUCGUCCUCGCCUACUCUUUUUCUAUGCUGUAAUCGCCUUUCCACUGUCUUUCAUUCUUCUAUUUUUAUCGCUUUUUAUCUUUUACCAUAUUAUAACUAGCCUCUGACAAAAUUAAAUUCUGAAAAACGAGAUGCAAACUAUUAAACAACUCUCAUUUCUUUCCCCCUGAACUCGUCCUGCGCAUGUAGUAUCAUAUCAGAUUAACGUAUACACGGGAAUCCCGAGAACGGUGCGUAUAUCAGUAGCAAUAACUUGAGAGAACAUUCUCUUGUAUUACUUCACGUAACGAUAACUUUAUCGUUGCGAGAAAAUCAAGUUACGAAAAAAUCCAACACUCUUUUCGCAACCGUUUUCUGCGACACCGUAUAUACGACGUCUACGUGUAGACAAACACGUAGACACGUUAUAGCAGACGCGUAAUAUACGCAUAGACGUGAAUCGCCCAUAGGUAUUAAGAAUAAAAGUUCAGUUUGUGCUGAUAUACAACAGUGUUAGAUGCUAAUAUGCCAAUCUUGGCUUAUAUAUACGUAUGUAUGCGUGUAUAUAUAUGUAAAUAUAUA